CCGUCGGAGGGGAAGGGGGCGGAGUCCCGGGGCUCGGGGUUUAAAUCCCCGACUAUAAAAUGGGCUCCAGGAGAAGCGGGAGAAGAAGAAGCGCCUGGGCUCAGGGCCCCUCGGAGGGAGCAGCCAGACCCAGAGCAGCGUUGGGCUUCCGCUGCCGGCCGUCGGGGCUUGGGUUGGGGCGCCGGUGUGUCCUGUGUCCCGGAGGGGUAUUUCCUUCCCCGAUGGGGGCCCAGUCUCCGUCCUCGUCGUCCUUGCAGCAGGCCUUGGCGCAGGUGGGCGCCUGCCUGGUGCUGCUGCCGCGCUUCCUGCUGACGGCGCUGAUGCUCUGGCUGCUGGACUUCCUCUGCCUUCGGAAGAAGCUGCUCUUGGCCGCCAAGGAAGCAGAGGAGGAGGAGGAGGAGGAGGAGGAGGAGGAAGGGGAGGAAGGGGGAGCCGAGGAGGAGGAGGAGGAGGAGCCGUCGGAGGGCGACCCGCCGCUCUGCGUCUCGGACUCGAACCGCAUGUUCACCUGGGAGUCGCUGAAGGCGGUCUGGCACGGGCAGAAGCUGGACUUCUUCAAGGCGGCGCAGGUGGGCUGCGCGGCGCCCAACCCGGAGGUGAUCGGCCUGGAGGGACGCCGCCGGCUGCGGCUGCUGGACUUCGCCCGGGGCCCGCGGCCGCUGAUCCUCAACUUCGGCAGCUGCACCUGACCGCCCUUCAUGGCCCGCCUGAGGGCCUUCCGCCGCCUGGCCGCCCGCUUCCUGGACGUGGCCGACUUCCUCCUGGUCUACAUCGAGGAGGCGCACCCCUCGGACGGCUGGGUCAGCUCCGACGCCGCCUUCCAGAUCCCGCGCCACACCUGCCUCCAGGACCGCCUCCGCGCCGCCGAGCUGCUCCUCCGCGACGCCGCCCUGCCGCCCGGCUGCCCGCUCGCCGUCGACACCAUGGACAACGCCUCCAGCGCCGCCUACGGGGCCUACUUCGAGCGCCUCUACGUCGUCCAGCACCGCACCGUCCUCUACCAGGGCGGCCGAGGGCCCGAGGGCUACAAGAUCGCCGAGCUCCGCGCCUGGCUCCGACGCUACCGCCGCCGGCUCCGCGAAGGGCCGAACAUCCUCAGCCCAGAUUCUUCCAAAUUAGGGAAAGGAAACGGGUGUUCUGUCCGUAAACCUCCUUUGCUUUGGAGAAACCUCUUGCCGCUCAGAAAUGAAACAGAAACUUGUUCACGCUCUGAGACCCAGUUGCAGUAA